UUUGUUCUAGUAGGCAGGCUCAAAGCUCUUUUGUUCUCAUCUCUGUUGCCAGUACUGGCCACACUUAGUCCAUAGCUUCAGCCAAAUUUGUGAACUUUGGGUUCCAUGAUAAAUCCCAAGAUAUCUUUUUACCUUCUUGGGUUAAAUGAAAGAGAUGUAUAAAGCUUCAACUAAUCCAAAAGUAUGAUUCUUUUCUGUAAUAGGCUUCCUUAAGCUAAACCAUCAAGCGAAUUAAAGUUCCUGGAUACUUUGCCUUUAAGAAAACUAGUGGAACUUUAAAAAGCUGGAUCAUUGACCUCUGAUAUCACUUUCAUUAAUUCUGUCAAGACAAUUAUAUUCAUUAAAGUUCAAAAUCUUAGACUUCUUUGAGAGAUGAAGAUGCUUUGUGAGUCAAGUCUUAGCGUUCUUUAAAUCUAUUUUGACUCCAAAGUUCCACAAGUUCUUAGAAGUAAAGCAUUAAGAAGUUUUUAUUUGAUAGACAUUCAACUGAAGAACGCCUAAUCUUGAAAAUGAUCGUCCUUUUUGAUAAGUUAAAACUUCAUGCAUUUCUUCUAGGUAGUCCAAGAAGGAAGAAAAGCAUCUCCUGACUCAUAAUGAACCAGAGAGAUUACAAACUGGGCUCGAAGUUAUGGACUAAGUGUGGUAACUACUGACAACAGAGGGUAGGACAAGAGAACUCAGAGCCUGCCUGUCAGAACAAACUUUUGUUAUUUAGAAGCAUUUUGGAAAGACUUGCCAAAACACCAACAGAAUCAUUGCGCUACUAAUUUGAGAUUAGUGUUGUUCUGAAUUUAGACAACAAUUGUAGAACAACUUUGGAGAAGCUAAAGCCUCUCAAAACAUCUGAGGUGGAUUAAAAAGGACCAAAGAUGACAGCCAAGGCUUCAGACUAUAUUCAUAGACAUUUUCAUGUUGAAAGCAAAGAGAGUUCACCUCAUUUUUCACUAUACAUGCUUUUUAUACUUCUUUGUGCGUAAUCCUAGAGAAUGUAAUAUCUCAGAUUUCAGCUCUGAAAAUCACAGGGAUUUUCCAUAAAAUGCGUAAGAAUUCUCGCUUAUCAAAACACCUAAAUGCUAGUGAGAGCAAGGCUGAAGUACCCUAAAUUUUCAGUGAACAUUUGAAUAUCUGAGGCUAGAUAUUUCUUCUUCAGAAUCCCCCAAUUUUCAAGUUGGCCAAAUUUUGGAAAAUUUCUAAUAAAAUUUAUGGCCAAAUGUAGUGAAGAACGUUUCAAAUAAUAAAGCACUGGAUUGCUGCCCCCAUUUUCAGCCAAUCCUUUAUGCCUCAAUGCCGUUCCUAGUGCUUUUCUACUAGAUUUCAAGGACUUACUGAUCUCUAGGUGACAGUUCAUCCCCUACAGUGGGAUCCUAAUGUCUUUGAGUCAGCAUCUGUCCCAAAUUAUGUGCUGAGGAAAGUAAGUUAUAGAAAUAAGUGCUUAUUCUAAGGCCAUGAUGGAUACCUAUACGAAACUUUCAGACUGAUUCUUAAGAUUUGGCGCAUCAAAACUUGAGCUUUAUAAGAACUACAUAUUAAGCCAACGAGGUCGGGAUAACCUUGAUCUCGGCUUGUGUCGAAACACCCAGCUUCUUACUUCCAGAUAUUAGCCUUAAUAAUGAUAAAAAACUGUUGUUUAACCAAAUUUA